AUGAGCUCAACUAAUAAACAGCCAGCAGGGUCAGCACCAGCAAAUCCAACGGACCCUAUUAAUCCAGCCAAUAAUCAAAAUAAUAUUGUCCCAAGAGAUGUCAGAUUGUUGCAUUUGAUAUUUGCCACUCAAGGAAUUCAAAACUACCAGGACCAUGUACCUUUACAGUUGAUGGAUUUUGCUCAUAGUAAGUUUCAAUUUUUCCAUCAGUUUUACUCCUACAUACCAUAAAUACUAACCCACCUAGGAUACACUACAUCUGUCUUGAAAGAUGCUCUUAUAUAUAACGAUCAUGCCAAGCCGUUGAAUUCCAAUACAAACAUCAAUUCGAGUGCUAAUUCUACGGUAAACACCGAUGACAUAAGAUUGGCCAUAGCUGCAAGAACAAACUACCAAUUUAAGCCCACGCCACCCAAGGAGUUGUUGUUAGAAUUGGCCCAUGAGAGAAACUCAAAGCCCUUGCCACCUGUUAUUCCAAAAUGGGGCUUGAACUUACCACCUGAAAAAUACUGCUUAACAGCAAGAGAUUGGGAAAACUUGGAAGACGAGUUCACCGAAGGUGAAAAGGAAACCUCUGAAGCUGCUAAUAAGAAGCUGAGAUUAAGAUAA